AUGAAUAAUUGUUCUUAUAGUAGCUUCUACAAAUUUUCAAGCAUGGGGCGUAUCCAGCGGUUUACCAGUUUAGUCCUUUGCUUUUUAAUAUUCCAAUUAGCACUCUCCCUCCCAGCUGAGGUGCUAGUGCUAGAAUCUUUCAACGAAUCACUUAACACGCAACCAUUAUCUAUCCCAACUUUAAAUUAUCUUUCAGAGAGAGACACUUAUUCUGAUGCCAUAGACAAAGGCCUAAACUACCUUUGUUUUCUCGAAUUUCCAUUCGGAACCCGCCAAAGUAUUUAUACAACGGAUGAUGAUUUGAAAAAAAGCGGAUGGGAUCGGUACCCUGUCGAAGGUGCCCUGGGGAAGUUUGCGAAUCUUGAGCCAGCAUUUAACAGACUGGGUCUUACAUAUGAUCCAGCUGACACUGUACAAAUAACUUGGCAACACGACAGGGAAAGUCAAAACACGAAAGGCCAAACCGCUCCUCCAUCGGAAGCAGCAUACAUUAACUAUUACAAUCUACGACAUGGGUACAUUGUUGCUGAGAGUAAUUACGGGCCAGCAUUCUGGUUUGAUGAGGCGGGAAUCCAAAACCCUAUAUACGCUGAUGUAACGUAUUGGUCUGAUGUGGUAUUUGUCGAAUGGCAAUCUCAAGGAAUAGAUCGGGGGUUAGACAUCAGAGAACUAAAUUAUGUCUUCCGGACUGAAGUUACUAACGCAGACACCAUAGAGGUGAUACAACGAAUACUCGGGGGGAAGGUUAGGGUUUGGCCUGGCGUGGAUGUCCAGAUGAGCGACGCAGCUGGACUAGCGAUGCUUGGGACUCCAAACGGUCGUGGAGUAGCAUGGCUGCUUGCAACCCAUAAAGAACAAUUCGGCAAAAGGACAAUUGAAUCUGUAACGGUUAGGGCUGCGAGGGCUGCGAGGGCUGCGAGGGCUGCGGGUGCUGGGGGUGGAGCGACACAAGCAACGCAGGCGCGCACAGGCGGAUUGGGACGCGCUCGGGAACAGAAGGGCAACCGGACCAGGCGAAUCGAAUGGGCCUAUUUGCUGAACAAUGCGACCAGUGGUUGUUGA